ACUAGAGGGAGCAGCAACAAAGAGUCCACAGGGGAUUUAACAAAUCAUGCUACUGCUCCUGGUCUCUGUAUCCGUUGCCAAUAUGCUGUUUUCUGCUGGAGUUGUUUGCAUGCCACUACCAAACCAGGGACCCCACAUAGCCAAUGGCUGGGGCCAGGUCAUCCGGUUCAGGCAUCUUUACGCCGCCAGACCAGGACUGCACUUGCUGAUCAGUAGGGAUGGACAGAUCCAUGGCUCUGUGGACCAAACACUGUACAGCCUGCUGGAGAUCCGUCCCGUGGAUCCAGGCUGUGUUGUCAUCAGAGGUACAGCAACCGCACGCUAUCUUUGCAUGGAAGGCGACGGAAGACUGUACUCAUCGUACACCUACAGCAGAGAUGACUGCACCUUCAGAGAGCAGAUUUUGCCUGACGGGUACAACAUCUAUGUCUCUGACAGACACGGAGCCCUGCUUAGUCUGGGAAACCACCGGCAGAGACUGCAGGGUCGAGACAGAGGAGUCCCAGCUCUGGCCCAGUUUCUCCCCAGGAUCAGCACCUUGGAUCAGGCUUCGUACCCUGCACUGGAUGUCCCUGACCAGCCGGGACAGAGCACAGCCCAAACAGAGGAACCUGUGGACGCAGUGGACUCGUUUGGAAAACUCUCUCAAAUCAUUCACAGUCCCAGCUUCCACAAGAGAUGAGACAGUGGCUUUGGGACACCAGAGUGUCCUGCUUUGUCUGAGGCCUGAAACCGUGCACUCCUCCCUGUAUGUUGUAGAACCAGGGACUGACUGCAUUUCCAGCCAGCCAGCACCCGGAAAGGUUGUUGUGACAUCCUUCCAGCACUGUCCUGUCAGACAUGAUAGUACAGAAUAUUAGUGCAGUGUCCUACAGAGUGGAGAAUGACACCUGUACUGAGUUUAGUGUUCCAUCUUGUCAUUUUCAGUAACAACUUUUACAUUUACUGAACAAACAAGGAGUGGCGUGUUUGACAUUCUGGUUUAUUUGGGAUAAGAUAAGGUGACAGCAUCAGUAACCAUAGAUGAACCAAGAGCAGCACCUAUAGAAACUGGAAAAAGGAAAAGAAUGGCACAAAAUUAGUCACACUGUUUGAAUCGAGUAAGUGCAGCGCCACAGAAAGAGCACUAAAAAUGUGACCAGAUAUGUUGUCUAUUAUGAUUGCUUGUCAUUUAAAAGCGACCAAUUAUGCUUUCCCUUGUGCUGCAAUUACAGUUACUGUUCAUAUUAAACGUGGCCAAAGUUUCAAAUAAUGAAGUAAACAUAGAGGUUGUUUAGUAUGUCUUGCAGAAAGAGCUUUUCAGUAGAAGUAGAAGUAGAUUAAAAAGAACUGGAUUGAGUGUUGGCGGCGGGCUUCAGUCAUUCC